GAAUUAGGAUCAACUUCUCAACACUUAGAACAUAGUGACCGCUUUAUUCACAUUACUACAUUCUCACCUAAUACUACUACAAUCUUUAAAUCUGAUACUGAACAACAAUUUUAUCAAUCUGCUGAAGUUUCUAAAGAAAUAACUAACAUUUAUUUUCCUACACUAACUACUGAGUCCUCUUUUUCUUCAAACAGUACUGAUCUUUUGGAAGCUGAUUUUCUUACUCCUGCUUAUAGUUCUAUAAUUCCUCCUACUAAUUUAAUUAAUCGAGAGUCAGACACUGAUAGCAUUGACGAAUUACAAGAAAAUUUAUUCGAUAACAACAACAACCAAGUUGAAUAUAUUCCAAUAUACCCAACUAUAAGCAAUACUUCUAUUGUUAAUUAUUGGGAAGCAGACCAACCCCAAGAUAAUAUUGAGAUUGACUCUUGGAACUCUGCAACAGACCUGCAAUUUUGA